AGUUACAUUUGGGACGGAGGGAUUUCUAAGCGGUAAGAGAAGAAAGUCGAAGAACUUGAAAAAUGGCAUCAGUAAAAAGUUCGAAUGUUUCCGUCGAACCUUUCGAUGGAUGUGGCGAUUUUACUCUGUGGCAACAAUGAGUAAAAAGUGUUCUUACUCGGGAAGGGACAAUCAAAGCUCUGAAGGUGAAGGUUCAGAGGACAGAAAAAAUGACGGAUGCUGAGUGGGCCAAAUACCGGAAGAAUGACAAACCAGAAAAAUUAUGGGAAGAAGAGUGGGAGGAUUUGAAGGACAUGGCAACAAGUACAAUAUGCCUAUGCCUUGCAAAUAAUACUCUUCGGGAGGUUCUCGGUUUGACGGACCCGGUGGAUAUUUGGGACAAGCUGGAGAGUCAGUACAAGUCGAAAUCGUUGACAAGUAGGCUAUACUUGAAGAAACGAUUGUUUGGUCUACAAAUGGCGGAGGAAGCUAACUUUAAUGGACACCUGGAUGAAUUCAACAAGAUUACAACAGAGUUGGAAUCCAUUGAUGUGAAGAUUGAAGAGGAGGACAAGGCGCUGCUUUUGUUGGCUUCAUUGCCUUCAUGUUUUGACAACAUCGUGACCACGCUUUUGUUUGGAAAAGAGACCUUAAAAUUUGAUGAAGUAGUUGCUGCGUUGUUGAUGAAUGAGACUCGGCGGGGUGGCAACGGGGUAUCAAAUGACGGUCAAGCUUUGGUAGCAAAAGGAGCUGGUCGGGAACAAGGACGGUCUAAAGAGAGGGGCGGUGCGUCCUAACGCUUCAAAUCGAGUAGUAAAAGCUUUCGGUGUUA